CAAGAACACUCCCGUUCAAAUACAAGCUCAUUUAGCAGCUACACACUACUUCUUUCUGUACAGCUGCAACAAUACGAGUGCAGUCCAGGGUCCAAAAACUAUUUUUUAUACGUUUACUACAUCAUGGAUGCGCCACAGUCUCAAUGACCACAAAUACAUUAAUGCCAUACAGUGGAUCGUCUUCACUCUGAAAGCACUUAAGGACUAACGGUUUAGUGUAAAAAAUAUAUAUAAAAAAUGGACAAAAAAGGGCGGGUGUUUUGGGUUAACCCUUCUGGUAGGCCAACCCUUCUGCAGUGAGCAACAAUGGAACUCAGGCAAACCCAGUCCUGGAAAAACAUUGAGAGCAGUACAUCUGGAUUGCAUUACUGGACUUGACAAGAAAGAGGGGGUGAGAGAGUGCACAGCCUAGCAGAAUGUUCAUAAAGUUCAGAAGAGUCAAAAAAUUGAAAUUUCUACAGCUUGUCUUGAUGUGCUGUGUCAUGUCAGUCCUCAUGGUUUACUGGGAACAUGUGGACGACCACGUUGUGAGCCAUGUGAAGUCAUACUCCUACCGCUACCUAGUCAACAGCUAUGAUUUCAUCAACAAAAGCCUCAGCAUCAGCCCACAGCAAGCUGCCAGGUUUGGGAGCUACCCAUAUUUGCUAAACAACGAGGACAUUUGUAAAGACAACGACGUGCUGCUUCUUCUCUUUGUGAAGACCUCCCCGGGGAACUUCAGAAGACGACAGGACAUACGCUCCACUUGGGGCAACGAGUCCUACAUAAGUCACAAGCUAGGUGUUGUCAUAAAAGUAGUGUUUGCAAUGGGUGUUUACUCUGACGUGAACUCUGAUAGCUUGAGGCGGAAAGAAUUGCACAAAGAAUUGCACAAGGAGCACAUGAACCAUGGUGACCUGGUUCAGCAGAACUUCCAUGACACAUUCCAUAACCUCACUGUAAAACUGCUGCUUCAAUUCCGCUGGACGCAUGACAACUGCGCCCAUGCCCACUUCCUCAUGUCUGCUGACGAUGAUGUCUUCAUCCAUAUGCCUAAUCUAGUGCGCUACCUUCAGGACCUCAGAAGCCAGAACGUGCGUAACCUUUGGGUCGGCCAUGUGCACAGGGGGGCGCCUCCAGUUCGGCGUAGGGACAGUAAGUACUACAUGCCUUUCGAUAUGUACCAGUGGUCGUCCUACCCAGAUUACACCGCCGGGGCGGGGUACGUUGUCUCUGGCGACGUGGCAGCCAAAAUCUAUCAGGCCACGCUAUCUCUGAAUGCCUCUAUUUAUAUCGAUGACGUCUUCAUGGGGAUCUGUGCCAUUGUAGCGGGCGUCUCACCUCAGGGACAUGUUUAUUUCUCGGGUGAGGGGAAAACACUCUAUCACCCGUGCAUCUACGAAAAAAUGAUCACCUCUCAUGGACACGAGGAAGAUAUCAGGAAUCUGUGGAAAGUUGCAACCGCCCCACAGGUAGAAGCUAUUUCUUCUGGACUGUUUGGGAAACUCUAUUGUACAGCUGUGAAAAUGAAACUGCUCUGUAAGCCGUACUUUACAAACACGUAUCCGUGUAUGGCAGCUUUUAUAUGAUGCACUGUGAGCUUUCUAAAGUCCAAGCAGUAUUUCAGAUUUUUUUUUUUUGUUUACUUUUGCUAUAAAUGUUACAUAUUUUGUAAUUUCCCAAUAAAGUUAAAAGGUAUGUGCCCUAAGAAUGUGUUUUGCACUCAUGCUCUUUUAUUUAUUUAUUUUAUUUUUAAUGUACAGUGUUGGACGAGAGAGUGCAUAUUAUCUACACCACAUGAGUUUCACAAAACUUCUCAAGGUCACAUUUCACAUAUUUCAUUUACCCCAAUAACAGCCUUUUUCUCAAUCUUUUUAUUUCUUUUUUUUUAUUAUUAUUAUAUAUUUUACAGUUACUGGAGCAAAAUGGGCUUGGACAUGUUUUGUGAGACUGAACUGUGCCCGGUUUCUCUUCUGGCAUAGUUUUCGUUACUGUAUAAAACUGUAUUCAGACGAAGAAGGAAGUCUUUUCACUGUAGAAUGCUAUUAGAGAGUGUGGACUUUAUUUCAUGUUGCAAAUGUUAUAAGCUUCUGCUUAAAGUUCUCAAACCUUUGAGCGGACUUGUAAUAAAAUGGUGCUACUUGUAAAGGAGGAUUUUAACAAGUUACAUUUUGCUACAAUAAACCAAAGCCUGAUAAAAUGCA